AUGGGAUCUCUCUCGGCGUUUGAGAAGCGGUUGCAGUAUCCGACGGCGAGGCGGGAUGAGUCCGUCGUUGAUGAUUACCACGGCGUUAAAGUUUCUGAUCCUUACCGCUGGUUGGAAGAUCCUGACGCAGAAGAAGUGAAAGAAUUUGUAGAGAAGCAAGUGAAAUUGUCAGAUUCGGUGUUAAAAACUUGCGAAUCAAAGGAAAAGCUUCAUGAGAAAAUCACAAAGCUUAUUGAUCAUCCUCGCUACGAUACGCCCUUUAAGAGAGGAAACAACUACUUUUACUUCCAUAACACAGGUCUUCAAGCUCAGAGUGUGCUUUAUAUUCAGGAUGAUUUGGAUUCUGAAGCAGAGAUCUUGCUUGAUCCCAAUACUCUUAGUGAUGAUGGAACAGUGUCGUUAAACAGUUUAGCUAUUAGUGAGGAUGCUAAGUAUUUGGCUUAUGGGCUUAGCUCAAGUGGUAGUGAUUGGGUUACGAUUCAUGUUAUGAAGAUUCAAGAUAAGAAAGUGGAGCCUGAUACUUUAUCUUGGGUUAAGUUUAGUGGAAUUACAUGGACUCAUGAUGGUAAAGGGUUUUUCUACAGUCGCUACCCAGCUCCACAAGAGGGAGAGAAGAUAGAUGCUGGUACAGAGACUAAUUCUAACCUUUACCAUGAGUUGUAUUACCAUUUCCUUGGAACGGAUCAAUCCGAGGAUGUUUUAUGCUGGAGAGACCAAGAGAAUCCUAAACAUAUGUUUGGAUCUAAAGUCACUGAUGAUGGGAAGUACUUAAUCAUGACAAUUGAAGAAGGUUGUGACCCUGUAAACAAAGUUUAUCAUUGUGAUCUCUCGUCACUUCCUAAUGGUCUAGAAGGUUUUAGAGGAAGCAAUGCUCUGCUUCCGUUCGUUAAGCUUAUCGACACAUUUGAUGCACAAUACAUUGCUAUCGCAAACGACGAGACAUUGUUUACUUUCUUUACCAACAAAGAUGCUCCAAAGUACAAGUUAGUUCGGGUUGAUCUGAAGGAACCGAACAAUUGGACAGAUGUUAUAGCAGAACAUGAGAAGGAUGUCCUUUCAACAGCUUGUGCGGUUAAUGGAAAUUACCUUGUUGUGAGCUACAUGAGCGAUGUAAAACACAUCCUGCAGAUUAGAGACUUGAAAUCCGGUUCCUUGCUUCACAGUUUACCUGUAGAUAUUGGCUCGGUAUGUGGAGUUUUUGCUCGGCGCAAAGACACCACCUUUUUCUUUAGGUUUACAAGCUUCCUUACUCCCGGCGUGAUUUACAAAUGUGACUUAUCUAAUGAAGCUCCAGAAGUUACGGUAUUCCGUGAAAUCGCUGUACCGGGAUUCGAUAGGACAGCAUUUCAAGUCACUCAGGUCUUCUAUCCGAGUAAGGACGGAACAAAUAUACCGAUGUUUAUAGUAGCUAGAAAAGAGAUCAAGCUAGAUGGAUCGCACCCGUGUUUGCUCUACGCGUACGGAGGAUUUAGCGUAAGCAUGACACCGUUUUUCAGCGCGACUCGCAUUGUGCUUAGUAGGUAUCUUGGUGCUGUUUUCUGUUUUGCAAACAUCCGUGGUGGUGGUGAGUACGGUGAGGAGUGGCAUAAGUCAGGGGCACUUGCCAACAAGCAGAAUUGUUUUGAUGAUUUUAUUUCCGGGGCAGAGUAUCUGGUUUCUGCUGGUUAUACACAACCUAAGAAACUUUGUAUCGAAGGUGCUAGUAACGGUGGGAUUCUAGUUGGGGCUUGCAUUAAUCAGAGACCAGAUCUCUUUGGAUGUGCUUUGGCUCAUGUCGGGGUCAUGGACAUGCUCCGCUUUCACAAGUUUACCAUAGGACAUGCUUGGGCUUCUGAAUUUGGUUGUUCUGACAAGGAAGAGGAGUUUCAUUGGCUGAUGAAGUACUCGCCUCUGCAUAAUGUGAAGAGGCCAUGGGAACAGAAGACAGAUCGGUUUGUUCAGUACCCAUCAACGAUGCUGUUAACUGCCGAUCACGACGAUAGAGUCGUCCCACUCCAUACUUUCAAGAUGCUUGCGACAAUGCAACAUGAAUUAAGUUUAAGUUUAGAGAAUAGUCCACAGACGAACCCCAUAAUUGCUCGAAUUGAAGUUAAAGCCGGGCAUGGAGCAGGACGUCCAACACAAAAAAUGAUUGAUGAAGCUGCUGAUCGGUAUGCGUUCAUGGCGAAGAUGGUGGAUGCUUCAUGGAUCGACUAA